UCGACUUUGUGCGGAAUGCGUUCUGAAACACGUAUAAUUUACAGCAGCAUUAUUUCAUUUUUCGGAAUGAUGAACUGACGUGGUUGUAAGGUUAUGCUUCUUCUGUUAUUGCUUCUUAAACACCGAAGGCAUAUGUUCCAGGAUGCUACAUUCUUACUUACUUGUUGCCGUGUUGUUAGUCUUCGCCCACAAUCAAGGAAGCUGCUGGUUGGAUACCCCGUACUCUACAGCUCAUCACCUAAGGCAGCUAAAAGAGGCUGGCAGUGCACCUGAGGAUGGCCAGGAUGAAGCUGAUAUUAGUGCCAGGUCUUUCAGUUUGGGCCAGGCUACAGCAGCACCUGUGAGCUCAAUUGUAUUUCCUAAUCACCAGCAAGAAUUCACACAAAGAUCCCAUGGUCAAAGAGGAAGAAAGUUAUGGAAAAAUAGAAAGAAAGAUAACAUAAGUAGGGAAGAAGAUCCAAAUAAUUCCUUGAAUUACUCAUAUGCUCCUGCUAUGACAACAUUAAGGAGAUCAGAUGACAGCAAUUUACCUGGCAUGUGGUUGAAAGCAGAGAAGCAAAAACAUUGGAAGAAGAUGAAGAAGAGAAGAGAUAAAAUACCCCAUUUUGGAUUUCAGGAAGAUGUAACAAAGAAGAAACAAAAAUCAGGGAAAUUGAAAGAUGAAGGAAGAAAGUACGGUUAA